AUGUUAGGAAAUACAAAACAGAUCAAAAAGGAAUAAUACCAAGAGGACUAGAAGACAUAUUUUAAAAAAUAGAGUAUGAUAAUUAAUUUUCAUAUUCUAUAUAAAUAGGAUGCAUAUAAAUAUAUAUGGAAAUGUUAUAAGAUUUAUUAAAUCCGGAAAAUCAGUAAAUUAGAAUUAGAGAAUCUCCAGAAAAUGGAGUUUUUAUAACAGGAAUAGAUUGGAUAAUAGUUAAAACGCCGUAAGAAGCGCUACAAUUAAUCGAAUAUACUGAAAAAAAUCGUUCAGUAGCAUUUACAGUUAAUUCUAUAGUAUAAUAUAAUUCCAGCUCUUUUAAUAUUCCUCUUAGUGAUGAAAAUUUUGUUAAUGAUCAGUAAUUAAUAACGUCAAUUUUAUGUAUGGUAGAUUUAGCAGGAUCUGAAAGAAUAAAAAAAUCAAAAUCCACAGGAGAAAGAUUAGACGAGGCCAAAGCCAUAAAUAGCAGUUUAAGUGCUUUGGGAAAAUGUAUAUAAGCCUUAAGUGAUAAUAAAUGUAUUUUUAUUCCUUUUAGAGAAUCCAAACUUACAAGAUUAUUAUAAGAUUCAUUAGGUGGAAAUUCGAAAACAAGUUUAAUUGUUACUAUAGGGCCUUCCAUUAAAUAUUUUGAUGAGACUAUUUCUUCACUUUCUUUUGGAUAAAGGGCUAUGA